UGACCAGCUUCUGGGUGAUGUCCUUGCAGAGUCAAAUAUGGCUUAUGUGGAUGACAGCAGGCGUGACACUCCAUCAACGUCCAGCUCUUGUAUUGUGAUCCAUGAGAACAUUGUAAGUCUUUUGACCACCAUGAUGACUCGGGAGAUAAUGAAUGAUUUAUCUGGCGGGCCAGAGGAGGUCUCUGGUCACAGGUCACCCAGCAGAGGCUUUACAGCUAGGACCAGUGGAGCCAGUGAUCGCGAUGCAGUGGGGGACUACACAGUUACUGUCUGCACAGAGGGAGUGGACAAAACCAGUGUGUGCUCUGAGGGAAAGGAUUACUUUUCACUAGUCGGUAUAGUGCUGGUACAGCUGAUGAGGAAGAUUGAACCCAGUACUGAGCACAUGGUUGAUUUCACAGCCUUCCACAGUGACCUCACUGAAAAGAUCCUCUCAGAGUUUUGCUCUACAUCAGGCCUCUCGAGAAACGAAGCGUAUCCACAAUCUAUCAAGACUCAGAAGAUAUGCAAGAAAAUGUACAAGGACCUUUUGAAAAGCUUUAUCUCCAAAGACAUGGUUCAUAAGCUGUUAGUUUACCGGCUUCCAGUUUUCAGUACAGUACUGACCAAAUCUUUGGUGAAAGAGCUUCUUCAGUUGAACCACAAGGGGGACGCUGAGAGAGGACAUGGAGGCAAAAUCUUAAACUUCCUUCCGAAAUUUAGACUCAGCAGAAGGCUCCUUGCAGCUUUCAAGAAGAGGUCUGUCAACAUCAAGGUAAAGCAGUUUACUCUAUUCUUCUACUUUGAUAACAACAACAAUAAUAAUAAUAGUCAUCAUCAUAAUCACAAUUGGUUUGCAUUUAUUUUCAGAAUUCCAUGAUGAACUUUCACAAUCGCCACAAAGUUCAGCCAAUGUCUGCAGAGGUCACAGAUAAUGAGACAUCCUUUAGUGAAGAUGAGGGUCAGUCUUCUAGAGGAGGUCUUUUUUUCACACAGGGAUUUUAAGAAUUCCUUAUAAUCCCUUAUCCCUUUUAUUUAACAUUCCCAGAUAUGUUAAAUAACAUCUUAAUUCAAUCCUUAUAGGCUGGUAGAUAGCAUAGUAUAGUUAGUUACCAUUUCUUUGCCUUUUUAAUUCAUUUCCCUCCCUCUUUGUACUACAGGUCAGACACCUCAGUGCCACCAGACUGCAUCCUCCUCAUGUGAGGGAGAAUCCCACAACAACCACUUUCUCCCCAGUGUGCUAAAGACCCUCGCCAAAGGCCUGCACAAGUCGCAUAGGACUCCCACACCCGCAUAGACAGCACAGAUCUAUACAUUGUCCUGGAGCCUUUAUUAGAGACUAGGAUAAAUUGCAAUAGCUUUAAAUUAACCUUUACAUUACAUUUCUUUUCAGAUAAUGUCAAUUUCAAAGUUGAUCAGGUAAUUCUUUGAUUUAAUUAAAUGCAGAAGAGCCAAGGCAUGCAGUUUAUGUAUGCAGCGAAUGUAUGCACCGUCAUAUUUUCUAAAUGUUAUAAAUUCAAUGUUGUGGGGAAUUCCUUCCUGUCUUUCUAGGUAUUGUACAUCUAUCUUUGUUACUUAGCCAGUCAAUCCAAAUUGAUAUCCACAACUCGGUUUUGGCAAUAUGAGACAAAAUAACGCCCAUUGCAUUGUGAGUAUGCUCAAUAACUAAGAGCACAGACGAGUGCAUAGCAUGGCCACAAGGGGACGUCAUAAGUCUCGUUGUAAACUGAGACAAACUGAUCAGUGUCUGUAUAGAAGCUUCAUUUCUAUAGAACGGAAGGGCAUGGAGCCACGCCGCGCACCUCUAUAAACAGUCAACGGUGCCUAUAGACAAACACAGGUGCAUGCAUUAAUGAGUGAUAAUAAUAAUAAUAAUAAUACAUCACAUGUAUAUAGCGCUUUUCAUAGUUCUCAAAGACGCUUAAUAAUGAUGUUCACAAGAGUAGAUAGUUUUGCAAACUUGGAGUGUAUCACCUCCUUUAAAACUGCUAUGCUCUACCAAUAUUCUCUGCUGGACCAGAGUGACCCUGUCACAAGGGUCAUGUAAAAUGUUCCUACAGUAUCUUGAUCCACAUUCCACAGACAUGUAAUGGACAGACAGGUGAUGAUCUCAUUUCAAGUUUUUCUCGUGUGAUUUUAGCCAACAGCAUCUCAUCGGCCAGUUGAAAACAGCUUAAGAAUGAAUUGGGUGAAGUCUGUCCUUACCGGCGGUGUUGUAGCCAUUUCUGUGGAAAUACGUUUUGUAAAGAUUGUAAUUGAAUAAUAAUUGUAGAUUGAUAAUUUAAGAUUGAAUGAUAUUUAUGAGAACUAAGAAGAAAAUGUGUAAUGUAGAAAUGAAAAUAUUGCUAGUUGACCAGUGACGCUAAGAAUAACGUAAUUUGAUUGGCUGUUUGAUUUGAUAUGCAAGAACAAGAAACACCGCAAAGCAGUUAGAAGCCAUUGGACCUUGGAGCAACACAGUCUUCUUACCUACACCUAAUGCCAGUUAACUUGUUAGAAAAGUAUUAUCCUGAAUUUUUUACUGUAUUAAUUAAAUCAUUUUAAGCAAACUUACAAAAGAAGAAUUUCGGAUUACAGACUUUUAUUUCUGGACUUUUUCUGUCGAGUACGAAAGAACUUUGAGGUCCUAAGAUCAGUCAGAUAGGCUGUACCCACAGGCGGUGUUAUCAGGGGACAGAGCCACAACUCAGAGCUCAAAAGCGGUUGCUGUUCAACUUCUUUGGUCUCUCAGUCAACACAUCACGGCAACAUGAACAUUGGACAAACCAUCAUCAGCAUAUCCACAGCCCUAUUGAUGUAUGUCAUCAGUCAGCUCUCUGCGGCUCCUGUGACAGAACUUUGUGAGGGGAAAGUGCAACUAGACGGACACUGCGAGUUUAAACUGCAACCCAGCAUUACUGACCUACUGACUGAUCCAACCUGUGAAGUACAAGUGAUUAUUGAGAAUACUGUAAGGGCUAUAUAUGAGAAGGGGAAGGUGCCUGCCAACUUGUCAUCACCAGUCCUGAAAGCCACGAUGCACAAUUUCACUUUGAGAAACUGCCCCAAUUCCGUCACACUGGAUGUAGACUGCCCACUCAGACAAAAGGUCCGAAGAAAAGUAGACUGCCAUUGUGUCUAUUCUGCUCCAGUCCAGUCCAUCAACUCCACUGCCACACCUCUAACCACAGUAUCGAAGGCAAACAUCACCAACAGUGUUGCUAUUGGUCUUGGUCUUGUUGGUGUCGUUGCCAUUGCCUUGAUCAUCUUCAAAUACAGAAAGGAGAUUGUUGCCUUCAUGAAGAAAAACAACACAGGCACAUCAAAAAGCUGCUCCACUGACGGUCGUGGUGCUGUAGAAAUGAUGCUCGGACACGAUGCUCAAGCCUGACCUGCAGUGAUGUUAAUGUAAUGAAAUGAACAGUCCUAGCUCUGUAAAUGGGAAACAAAUGUAUGGCUCAAACCAAGCAAUACACGAUUGAACACAUUACUUCAAUAGCACUGAAGGAAAGGGAGUAAUUUGAUUGGCUAUUGCACUCAAAUAUCAACACACUUUUGCCAGAAUUGCAGACUGUUCCUUUAACACAUCUAGUAUGUUUUAAUGGUUAAAAUGAAGUGGUCCUGUAAUGUUAAGGUAAUGAUAUGCUAUUCUGAGGUGGAGGUGUCCAAGGAUUGCUAUAACAAGCAGUCAUCUUUCCAUUUAGUCCCUCAAUGUUCUGGUGCUAACUGUUACAUACGGGUCCUCAUUUCCUGUUUCUGGAUGGAUACAAAUCUUAUUGAUAAUGGAAACUUAAAGGAAGGGGUUUAAGGGCCGCUUCAUAAAGCACACUAGUGACAACGCAUGUGCAUCCAGCUCCAACGAACACCUUUCUGGUCCGCCGAGUACGCCAGAAAAGACUCCCAAGAUCAAUCAUGUCUGUUCCAAACCUGUCAUAUUGGGUACAGACUACUGUACUGUCCAUUCUAUCAAUAUUUAUGCAGAGUAUUUAUGUGAGUACAUCAGUGUUUGAUGAAAAGUAUUUCUAUGGUCUAUUUUACUGAUUAUGGGGAUGAAUCUGUGGGGACUUUUUAACAGAGAGGCAGGCCAAAGGUUUCUUGGAGAUGUGCUCCUGCAGGGAGUCAAUUCCCAGCAUCCAGUAUAGAAGCAAGGAAAUGGCUAAAGUAACAUUACAGUGUUCUAGUUUAAACACCAGUCAGCCAUGGGGAGGUUACAGUGGGGUGAUGGCGGUGAUGUGACUCCUGUUUCGGGUUUUGUAAGAUUGUUCUCCUGUGUGCCUGUCCUUUCUAUCAAGAGCUGUGAGAUAUAUUUAAGCAUUAAAUAUAUAUUAAAAUAUUAUAUAUUUAUUAUAAAUGUAAGUUUAUAUUUAUUUUUGGAUAAUUGUAUUUUGUUAUUAAAUGAUUUCGUUAAAAUAUUUAAGGACUCAUUGUUUUUUUGAAGGAGUGCCAAGUGCACUGAGAAUGAGGAGAGUAAACACUGUUAACACAGACUGUAAACACAAUCAAUACAUACGUCUGUAGAAAGUGCAACAUAUUUGUCCCUUAAAAAACACGAAAAACAAUCCUCACAUUGUUCAAAGGUCUUAUAGACAUUACAGAUGCUAAUGUGCUCGGCCAAACCCCUUUCAGACCCUCACUUCUUUGACAUCCCCUUCUGGGAUUUAAAAUGUCACUGCCAGGCAACAUGCCAAUCCGCGACUUCCGUUCGAAAGUGUCAUCAGAUAACGUGAUCUAGGUUAUUUAAGGUCAUUUCCACUUGCUACUGUUUCAUUCAAAGGCAUGGGCUCAUAUGUGGGGUGAUCUAUGCAGAUCCACUGAUUGGACAAUUUUAUGUAGUAGCAUAAUGAUAGCAUAAUGAUGCCUGAGUCAGCUGAUGCCCAAGAGUGUUGUGGUGCUGUGUAACGUAAUGGACUAUUAGCAGAUGAGAAAGUUUACAUAUACGUACACGUACUGUAUAUACAUUAACUUUAUACAACACAGGCUACCACAGCCCCUGCUCAUGUACAACUGCACCACUCUUCUGGGAUAUCAAAUGUCACUGCCAGGCAACAUUCCAAAUUGCGCCUUCCGUUUGAAAGUGUCGUCAGAUAUCGUGAUCUAGGUUGUUUACCUUGGCAAGCAUGACGUCAUUUCCACUUGCUACUAUUUUCUUAAAAGGGCAUGAGCUCAUAUGUGGGGUGAUCGCUGCAGAUCCACUGAUUGGGCAAGUUCAUGUAGCAGUGAACAUAAGACACAGUCAGGUGAUGCCCAAGAGUGUUGUGCUGUGUAACAUAAUGGACUAUUAGCAGAUGAGAAAGUUUACAUAUGUCAUAUUGGGUACAGACUACUGUACUGUCCAUUCUUUCAAUAUUUAAGCAGAGUAUUUAUGUGCGUUUAUAUUUGUAUUUUGUUGAAUCAUUUAAUACAAAUCUUAACAGACUGUAAUUGUUUUGUUUUAAUGUAGUGCCAAGCUAAUGUGCUCUGCCAAACCCCUUACAGACACUCACUACUUAGGCAUCCCCUUCAGGGAUAUCAAAUGUCACUGCCAGGCAACAUGCCAAACCUCCGUCAGAUAACGUGAUCUAGGUUAACUUGCUACUAUUUUCAUGAGCUCAUAUGUGGGGUGAUCUCUACAGUUCCACUGAUUGGACAAUUUCAUGUAGUAGUAAACACAAGACACAGUCAGGUGAUGCCCAAGAGUGUUGGGCUGUGUAACAUAAUGGACUAUUAGCAGAUGAGAAAGAAUACAUAUAAGCAUUAUAGGUCCAAUACAAAUAUUUCUUGUGUAUGUAUGUGUGUAUAUAAAGAAAAAGAGAGAGAGAUUGAUAUAGAUAGAUAAUGCAAUAAAAUACAAUUAUUUAUUGUAAUGCGAAGGUGGCUCUUCCAGUGGCUUGAACAUAUUUGCAAUCAAAUGUUCUUAACAUACUUGUCACAACACAACCUGCAAGACGAUGCCUAAGAUGGUGCCUCUAAGCUAUGUUGAGUCAUUCAGCAUAAAAGGGCAACGCCAACUAUCUUAACUUAGUAUAUUAGUUAACUUAGUUGCUUAACUAUAUUAAGAGCUCUACCGCUUAUUCUGUGUUCAUGUACCCAGGUUUGUCACUUCCUCUUGCCUCAUUCACAAAAAAACUCCCUCACACUCCUGGAAAACUCAAGAAAUGUUUCGACAAGACAGUGAGAGACCACAGACUU